AGAACACAAUGCCAGAGCUUCCAGAAGUGGAGCGAGCACGGCUACUUAUUCAUUCCAAUUUCUUGAAUAAAGCCAUAGUUGAUGUUGAAACAGUCGUGGACGACAUUGUCUACCAAGGGUGUACAAACCAAGAGUUUGCUACCAAGGUGAAGGGACGAACCUUAGUAGAUACUGGCCGUCGCGGAAAAGUCUUUUAUCUGAUACUCGAUCAGCACCCUUGUCCUGUCCUUCACUUGGGUAUGACCGGCUCUGUUCGGAUCAAAGGACAGGCAGGAUUGGAGUAUAAGGAUUUCAGUACGGCUGGCGAUGAUUGGCCACCUAGGUUUUACAAAUUUGUCAUCCGCUUUGAUGACGGCCAAGAACUGGCCUUUACCGAUAUGCGACGGCUUGCGCGGAUCAGGCUAGUUGAUGGGGAUCCACUCCUGCAUCCGCCGAUAUCAGAGUUGGGGUUUGAUCCCUUGUUGAGCAUGCCAGAUCUGGAUGUUUUCUCCGAGACAGUUCGUAAGAGAAAAUGUCCCAUAAAAGCGUUGUUGCUCGAUCAAGCCUUCAGUGCGGGCGUUGGGAACUGGGUUGCGGAUGAGGUCCUGUUUCAAGCUCGGGUGCAUCCUGCCCAGAAUACAGUAUCUCUGACAGAUGCAGAGUUGGCCGCGUUGCAUGAUCAGUUGUCAUUUGUAAUAAAGACUGCUGUCGCCGUUAAUGCAGACAGCAGCAAAUUCCCUAAUGAUUGGCUUUUUCAUUAUCGAUGGGGAAAAGGGCGUGUAACAAAUCGAGAGGCCAAGAUGCCUGACGGGAGUAAUAUCAAGUUUGAAACGGUAGCGGGACGUACAACGGCGAUUGUACCGGCUGUGCAGAAACUACAUGGCAAUACCAUCAUUGGGCGAAGAAAGAAUAAAACGAAAAGUGAAUUAAAGGAGGAGGACACUGGUGCCAGCCAUCCUGACGCCGCUGAAGAGGUUCCAAUUAAAGGAAAUGGACGGAAGAGAAUAAAAGUAGAACGUGACCAAGACAUUGCGGAUGUAGAAUCGUCACCUAGGACAACACGCCGCAAACGCAUAGUAAAACAAGAGAUAACGAGUCCGGAAGCUGCAGAAUUCAAACCACCCGCAAAAUCCAAACGACUUCGAACGCCUAUCAAAAAGGAGGAACCCCAGACGUCAUCAACGGCCACUCCCCGACGCCACAGCACACGAAGUCAUACACUAAAGCAAGCCAUUAAAAUGGAGCCUCUCGACCCGGUCGUCGUAGAAAGGCCUGUAGAUGCAGCUACAAGUUCUAUUGUUUCCGCCUUUGGACACCCCAUCCCCGAUUUUCCGUCGGUAGAUUUGGAGGAUGCUGAUGACAUGAUAAAACUAUUUCAGCAAGUAGUUUGACAGGAUAGGUAGAUAAAUAGCUAUCUUUAGCAGUUUCGUUAAUACAUGCGCGCCAUAAACGCAGAGAAACACUUCCAUGGAACCUGUUAGCGAAUGACAAUCUCAAGAAGCUAUUAAGACAAUGGCGCGUAGAGUAGAUAUUUUUAG